AUGUUGCCGGCCCAAGCACAUCCACGAUCGGACGCCUGUGGCGACGGCGCCGCCUACCCCGCGGUCCACGACGUCGAAAAGGACGGAGAACAGCAAUCGACCGAAGACAAAACGGCGAUUCAUACGCAAGAGAAGAAAGGGUCUGGGGUUGUACGCUUCAGCCAGUCCGUCUGGCGCCGGCUGGCGGCGUGGGGCGUCGAGGUCCGCGGCGUCGUGCCCAUCGCGGUCGAGGAUCGGACGGACAAGCGCGUGGGGAAUGUGUUUCUGCUGUGGUUCACCAUGAGCUGCAACCUACUACCGGUCGUCACCGGGAUGGUCGGCACGCUCAGCUUGAACUUGAGUCUACGAGAUGCUUCUCUGGUGAUUGUAUUCUUCAACGCGCUUUGCACCGCGCCGCCGGCGUACUUGUCGAUUCUGGGCCCGAAGACCGGGCUGCGCCAGAUGAUACAGGCUCGCUACAGCUUUGGUCUCUACAUCGCCAGCAUCGUCGUCCUCCUCAACCUGGCCACGGUCUCGGGAUUCACCAUCAUCGACUGCGUCAUCGGCGGACAGACGCUCUCGGCGCUCAACAGCAACGUCAGCGUCAACGUGGGAAUAGUCACCGUGGCCGUGCUGUCGCUGGUCAUAUCCUUCUUCGGAUACCGAGUGCUGCAUCAGUAUGAGCGAUACGGCUGGAUCCCCAUCCUCGCGGGCAUCGUGAUUGCGACGGGCUGUGGCGGCCGGCACCUCAGCAGGCAGGUUGAAGCGCGCCCGGCGUCGGCGCCGGCCGUGCUGUCGUUCGGAGGCCUGAUUGCUGGGUAUCUGGUGCCGUGGGCGGCGCUCAGCUCGGACUUUUGCACGUACAUCUCGCCGGAAGUUUCUUCCAAACGAAUCUUCACAUCCGUGUACCUCGGGCUGUUCGUGCCCACGGUGCCGCUCAUGGUCCUCGGGGCGGCGAUUGGCGGCGCGGUGCCCAACGUGCCGGCGUGGGCGGCGGCGUACGCCACGGGGUCGGUGGGCGGGAUCUUCGCGGCGAUGCUGACCGGUUCGGCGGGCGGGUUCGGCGCGUUCGUCACGGUGCUGCUCGCGUUCUCGACGCUGGGCAACAUCGCGGCGACGAUCUACGCCAUCACGCUGAACUUCCAGAUCCUGCUGCCGGUGCUGGCGCGCGUGCCGCGCGCGCUGUUCGCGCUGGUGUUCGUCGCCAUCAUCGUCCCCGUCGCCGUGCGCGCGGCGUCCAGCUUCGUGGCCGCGCUGGAGAACUUCGUCGGCGUGAUCGCGUACUGGUCGGCGGCGUUCUUCGCCAUCGUGGCCGUCGAGCACGUGGUGUUCCGGCGCAAGCGCUACGAGUCCUACGACCACGCGAUCUGGAACGACGCGGCGGCGCUGCCGAGCGGGUGGUCGGCGCUGGCGGCCGCGGUGCUGGCGUUGGCGCUGGCGGUGCCGUGCAUGUCGCAGAAUUGGUUCGUGGGGCCGGUCGCGCGCACGACGGGCGAUAUCGGGUUCGAGGUCGCGAUGGUUGCGAGUGCGCUGCUGUACGGGGUGUUACGGGGCAUCGAGGUCAAGGUCAAGGGGGGGCUGUGA